GUUAAACUUCUACAGCGGUAUUGACUGUCCAGUGUCCUGGCAAUGUAGAAGCAUGCAACCAACCGCGAAAACAAUCUCGGACUGGCCAGUGACAAACGACUGUCACGUCCACAAAUUAUUUUAUUAAAACAAUGUGCUGGUUUUUAAUAAAUAUUUCAGCUUUUCUCAGAAACACGAAUAAUUACAACAGACAAGCAGACGCUCGUUACACUCAAAAUGACGAGACAAAAACAUGUGUCUCGGAGUUGCAAAAUUCAGUAGUUGUAUGUCAGCUUACAUGUGACCUGGCUCCUUCUUCUGUAUAACAGUCAUUUCUGAAAAACCAAUGAACAAACGCAUUUAGAAGUAGUUCUGUGUGUUAUCUUAAGUGUGGGAUCGAGAAGGUCAUGUCAGUCGUGACGUCAGCCGACGUCAUGAAAUUAUCUUGUAAACGGCGUCCGGUCGUGCUCCUCCUUUCGGAUCUUCACCUUGAGCUGUUUGAGAAUAAAUGAAACUGCAAAAUGAAAAUUCCCUUAUCUCCUGCCCCAUCUCCCUUACUACCGCCAAAUAUGUUUCGCCAUAAAAACGCUGAGUACGCACUGUACCGACUGAAGCGAUAUUUUACAGGAGAGUGUUAACUUCUACGACGUAUGCCGUGGAGAAACAUAGUACAUCAGCCGUAAGUGUGCAUCUGUAAGACGAAGAGUUAUAUUCCACCACAAUGGCACCAAGACAACAGAUUCCAGAUUUGUCAUCCUUCAGCAGUAAAGAAGUGGCAGCAUUUGUCAGUUCAUUUGAUACAGUUCUGACCGACUGUGAUGGUGUGUUGUGGAUGGGUGACCAGCAGAUUCCAGGCUCUAUAGAAACAAUUAAAAAGCUUGAUGAAAUGGGGAAAAAAAUAUUUUUUAUAUCUAAUAACAAUCUUCUGACUGUUGAAAAAUAUCUAAUGAAGAUCCAAGCUAUGGGCUACAAUGCUACAAAGGAGCAGAUUUUAAUACCUGGUGUUACCAUAGCAGCCUAUUUGAAAAGUGUGGAUUUCAAUAAGAAAGCAUAUGUGAUAGGAACCAGGUCACUUAUUGCAACAUUAAAAGAAGCUGGGAUUGAUUGUCAUGGAGAUGAGCCUGAACUUGCAGAGACUUCUUUGUCUGGAUUCAAAAAUCAAAUCACAUCCCUUGAUUCAUCAUAUGGUGCAGUUGUUGUUGACUAUGAUCCCAACAUCAAUUACUUAAAAAUGAUGAAAGCUGUUGUUCUGCUGAAAAAACCUGAUUGUAUAUUUGUUGCUGGAGCAACGGAUGAAACUGUAAUGUUCCGUAGUGAUCUAAAAAUGAUAGGCCCAGGGAGUUUCCUUUCAAUUAUGGAAACAGUUUCUGAAAAAAAUGCUGUUAUUCUUGGCAAACCAGGAUUAUUUAUAAAAGAUGUUGUAUCAAGUAGACAUUCUAUUGUUCCUUCAAAGACCCUUAUGAUUGGAGACAUGGUGAAGCAGGAUAUACUCUUUGGCAACAGAUGUGGCUUUCAGACAAUUCUUGUAUUGUCUGGGGUUUGUACCCUGGAUGAUGCUUCAGAUGAUCCAGAAUAUAAACCAAGAUAUUAUAUUCAGAAACUUGGAGAUCUCUUGUCGAAAUUGUAGACCUUGAACUGAAAAGUUUCUUCUCCAAAGAAGAAAAAGAGAGAAGGGAACUAGCAGUUGCAGUGCAAACCAACAAUAGUGCACAGUGGUUGCUUCCUAGUCCUAACAAUGCUUUUAUGUAGAUGCUAUUUUUAUAUGUGAAGUAAUUUACUUGAAAUGAUGAACAACCUGCAGUAUUAAUGCUUUUACUUUAUUUUAGUUCCCCCAUUUUGAGUGGGUUACAGCUUUAAACCAUGCUUCUGGCUUAAAUUUGAAUUAUACAUUAAUGCUCUGAUUCUCCAGCUCUAGGUAGAAAACAUAAUUUCUUAAAAACCUACUUUUGUGGCACUUGGGUUCUUAAUUAGAUACCUUGUUCCUCUUCCUCUGUCUUCUUCUAUUGUUCCUAGUUCCACAGCUCCACAAAAAGGAAUCAUUAAUACCAAAAGAUUGUUGUCGCCUUCUUCUUGCAGAUGUUGGGUUUGGCAUACUUGGUUUUUGCAGGCAGCCUAUUUCAGUUUCUUCUGUUUAUUUCUUUUGUAUUUUUUUUAUAUACUGUAAAGGAGUACUUUGCAUCAUAGUGGUAUAACACAUAAUCAGAGACUAACUUGUUUUUCGUAUUUUUUUUUUUUUUUAGUACUUCUUCUACUUUGAAUAUAGAUGACGCACUGAAUUGCAUAUAAGAAUAUUAUCAAGAAAAUAUUAUUUGAUAUCUAGUACUGCAAAGUGCAUUGUAUGAUUUACCUGUGAUAAUUCAGAAAUGGCACUCCUUGUUUUAAAUAUGUACUGCUCUCAGUAAAAUUUCACACAGUUCCUAAGUUUUGUACUUUUAUAGUUGAAUUUGUGAUGUAUUACUCUCUCUAUAUUUCUAGAUGUUAAUAUUUUUAGUCAUAUGAAUACAAAAAAAUGACAAAAAUACAGUGAUCAUUGUGUGUACUUGUUGAAUCAUUAUUUCCUUUAUUUAGAUCAUAAUUUUACACUCUAGUAAGUUCUGGAAAGGUUAAAAACAGUUGAGAUGCUGGAAGUAGCAUGCUGAUAAAUGACCACCUACUGUAACACAUAUUGCUUUAUUAUGUGUGUAUUGCUGAAAUUUAUCAUGAUAUAACAAUUUUCACCAGCUAAGCUGAAAAAUGUGGUUUUACAGACAAACAAAUUACUAUGUGAUAAAUCAAUAAGUACCAUUAAUUUAUGUGUUCCUUUAAAUAUGCAUCAUUCUCCUAUUUAAAGGCAUCAAAAUUUUUCAUGCAAAAUAUCAUAAAAUUUUGAAACAGUGAGCAAGAUUAUUCAUAUAACCUAUAAUAAGUGAACUACUGAUGGAAAGAAUUGUUGUAUAGCUUCUAUAGUGCCUAAGAUUAACAACAAUUGAAGUGCAGCAUUUAUAUGUAUCAAAUAAGAUUACCUCUCAUUCAUGCAACAGACUUUGGUAUUUAAAGACAAUGAAGCAAUGGAAUGUUUCAAUUAAAUAGACAUGGUAACAAAUAAUAGUGUGAACUUUGACAUUAGUGAGAUAAGUUACAUUUGCUGCUGGUGAGAAUUUGAACACUGUAUUUUCAGAUCAUUAAUACUGCAAGUAAAAUGAUAUGAUAUAUUUAAAACAUUCAGUUACCAGAAAGCUUUGAAAUAUUUAUUCUGUGCUUAACCACCGCUUGAUCUAGUUGCAGAUCUUAUUUAUAGUAUAUGCGAUUGUAAAAUCAUUUAAGGACCUUAUGCAAUGUUUAUAUACAUACUUAAAAAGAGUUAGAAAUAAAAUAUUUUCAAAUUC